AUGUCGCUUCUGGACCAGCGACUGUCUCGGAUGCAGGAGGAUCAUCUCACGAUGCGGGAUAAAACCAGCAUUUUGUGGCACGAGAAAGAGACGACUGAUUUCCAAUCCCUGUUGAACAAUCAGGUCAAUGCGUUGAAUCUUCUCUUAACCGCGCUUCAGUGCAAGUCUAUUAUCGAACAGAGACUUUUUCUGCAGAGAUCUGAGACCCGGGUUGUCUUCAACCGAAUUAAAGAUGAUACCUCCUCUUUGCUUUGGUUAAGAGACUCGGACUCGGAGAUGACGAAGAAAAGCAUCGUUGCAGAAGACUUGAGUUUAAUCGAAACAAGAUUCGCCUUCGACUCGGACCUAUUCAGCUCGAGGGUUUAUUGCUCCGCGGCCAGAUCGACCAUGGUACAUGCGCUCAAAGGGACCACUGUAAAGCCUUCCUAUACAGAGGCUAGUGUAGUCCCCGACGACAACGCUACGGAGAGGGCAUUUUCUAUUAUGAGUGAUGAAGAAGCCAGCAUCAUUUGGAGGCCUACGGAAUACAAUCCGAAUCAAAGACACCCCACCCACAGCAUUAAUACAGGGCGAGCAUGGAGCCUGAGAGAAGGACUAAGUCGGCCCCGUACUGCUCCCAGCUUGGUCUCAAGCAUGCUUCUUUCUAGGCAACGCAGCCGGGCUACGAGUCUUGUUAGUGUGAGACAGGCGAAGAAAAGUAGCCAGUGGCUCUCGUCAAUAGCUCUGUGGAACCUAUGGGGUGGAGAGGCAUCACCCUAUCCUUCUACUGCGGAUAGUAUUGUGGAAACCGCUCCCGUGGAACCUGUCUCUCAAAGAGUCCUCCUUCUCGGCUCCUCCAAAAGCGGCAAGUCCACGGCAUUGAACGUGCUAAAUCUCCUGGUUGGGUGUCCCUCAGACAUGUCUCAGCUCUUUCAGUCUAGACUUACCAUUCUGGAGUCACUCAGCAAUCAAUUGCGCCAGCUUCUGGAAGUAGGUGAACGACUUUGUACCGGAGAUAGUGUUGAUGAGGAAUACGCAGUGAUGCGUAGUACCUCUGACUCUGUCACUCGGCUACUAGAAACGUUACAUGAGAUAUCCACAGGCAUCACCUUGGCGCGGUAUACCAACGGGCCGUCGGAGGUGAUUUUCUGUGAUGCCUCGGGGAGUCGCGGUGAAAGAAAGAAAUGGAACCGCAUAUUUGAUGGAGCAACAAAGGUCCUGUAUUUUGUCGAUGCAGGAUCGUACGACCAGACGUUAACGGAAGAUAAUCAUGCAAAUCGUCUGGCGGAAGAGUUGACACUGUUCGACAGCGUAUGCUCGGCUGCAAAGCUCAGCCAUGUGGAGAUAGUUCUGUUUAUUCAUAAAGUGGAUAAACUUGAACGGAAGCUGAGGACGGUACCGUUCGACAGCACCAUCUUUGACAACUGGGGGAUGUUUAGUGGAGAGCCCCAGUCAGUAGAUGAUGUCAGGGAUUAUCUCUACAACACAUUCUCGGCCAUUGCGCAGAAAUCCAGCCGCUCUAUCUCUGUCACUUUCACCAGCUUGAAGCGACCUGAAGAGCUUGGCAAGACGAUCUUGUCAUAUGCUUCUUCCGUUGUUAACAUGGUGUGA